AUGUCUGGCAAAGGAAAGUCUGGAAAGGUCGGCGGAAAGAGUGGCAAGUCUGGCGCUGAGGGUGAGAAGGGUACCUCGCGUUCGUCUAAGGCUGGACUGCAAUUCCCUGUUGGCCGUAUCCAUCGUCUUUUGAAGCGUGGUAACUACGCACACCGUGUUGGUGCUGGUGCCCCUGUUUACCUUGCUGCCGUUCUUGAGUAUCUUGCUGCCGAAAUCUUGGAGUUGGCUGGCAAUGCAGCUCGUGAUAACAAGAAAGCUCGUAUUGUCCCUCGUCACCUUCAGCUUGCCAUCAAGAAUGAUGAAGAGUUGAAUAAGCUUCUUGGUCGGUUAUUAUCUCGCAAGUAUCUGACACCAAUCCUAGUGCCAUCGAAAACUAAGAAGGCAGACGAAGAGUGA